AUGCCUUACGAGGAGGUGCAGUUCUUCACCGAGGACGGCAUCUCCCUGACGGGCUGGUUCAUUCCCCAGAGCAGCGCUGGAAGACCUAGCCGGCGAAUUCUGGUCUUCUGCCACCCUUACAACAACAGUAAGUCCAACCUGCUGGGUGUGGCGAGGGGGCUCUGGGAUCGACGCUACUCCAUCUUCAUGUUUGACUUCCGCAGCUUCGCCGAUGCAAAGACGGGCCAAUCGGUGGGUUAUCUGGAGCAGCGCGAUGCCAAGGCGGCCGUCGCAGCUGCUCGGCGCCAUGGCCCCAAAGAUGCUGAGAUCGGGUUGCUCGGCGCCUCCAUGGGUGGUGCUGUGGCGCUGAUCAUCGGCCACGGUGAGGAUGUAGGGGCCGUCGGUGUUGCCACGGAUUGCGCAUUUGCGCGGCUGUCUGAUGUGCUCGAAUCCCGCGUCUGCGCGACGCUUCGGUUUCCACAGCCUCUGGCAGCCUUCACCGUGGACCUGGCUAGCCGCCUGAACCCACUUCUGCAUGGAUACUCCUUCAAGUCUGUCUCACCGGUGGAUGCAGUCGAGCACGGUCCUCGUGCAGGGCAGGUGCCGCUGCUUCUGAUCCAUGCCGACAAUGACGAGGUGGUGACCGUUUCCCAAGCCCACGCCAUCCACUCGGCGGCCUCGGCGCCCAAGGAGCUUGUCGUGGUCCAGCACUGCCAUCACGUUGGCUGUUUCUUCAAGGAUCGGGCCAGAUAUUUGAAGCUUGUCGCCGACUUCUUCGACUCAGCGUUUGCUGCAGCCGAGCGCCGCCGCAUUGGAGAAGGCCGCGAAGUUCUGCCGACUCCGGAAAGGCAUGUGGCGACGGGGACAAGUGAGCCUCAGGCCUGA